GCUGGUGCGGGGUAUACGAGGCGGCGGGUGGCGCGAUGGCGGAAGCGGCGGCGGAGAAAGCUUACUACAGGUUCCUGGUGCUUUUCUUCAAUUGCCUCCUGACCUUUGGCUCCUACUUCUGCUUUGAUAUCCCCAGCGUCUUGCAAGAACAGUUCCAAGGGAACCUGACUUGUCCAAAUGGGACACACCCUAAUGGCACAGAGCAGAACGAGACAGCUGGCUGUGUGGAAGGCCUGGGGAUGACUCCCGAAGAAUACAACCUUCUGUACGCCAUCUAUGCCUGGACCAAUGCAUUGGUGGUGAUCGUUGCUGGCUUCUUGAUUGACAAACUAGGAAAUCGCUUUGGUGUCUUCGUCUUCUCUUUCCUCACCGUGCUGGGAUCCUCCAUUUUUGCUCUGGGCUCUCACUUCAAAGGGACUCCAUACCUUUUGCCACUGAUGCUGACGGGCAGGUUGCUUUUCGGCUCCGGAAACGGGUCGCUCACCAUUGUGCAGAAUCGCAUCACCGCCUUCUGGUUCAAGGGGAAAGAGCUGGCCCUGGCCUUUGGACUCACCCUCUCCUUCUCCCGCCUUGGAAGCGUCCUCAACUUCUUUUUCACCCAGCAGUUUGAAAGUCACUUUGGAGUCCAGUGGACUCUCUGGGGAGGGACCUUCCUGUGUGUGCUGGGCUUUCUUUCGGCUAUCGCGGUCAGUGUGCUGGACAGAGUCGGCAUGAAGCAGCUCGGCUUGGAUGGCGUGAUCCAGCAGGAGUCCAAGAAAGUGAGGGUUCAGGAUGUCCGGCAUUUGCCUCUCCGCUACUGGCUUCUGGUUCUCACCAUCAUGUUCUUCUACAAUGGAGUCUUCCCCUUUGUAGCAGAUGCGAGCAAAUUUAUCCAAGAUAAGUAUCCUGGCUACAGCCAACAAGCAGCUGCUUACAUUGCUGGCGCAGUAUACGACAGCUCCCUUGUCCUCUCAGCUUCCGUGGGCAUACUUAUUGACUACGUUGGUCUGCGAGGCAUCUUUGCAUUGGGCUGUGCGGUGCUGACUCUGCCCGUCUUUGCCCUCCUGGCCUUCACCUUUGUUCCCCCGCUCGUCUCUACCAUCUGGCUGGGUAUCACUUACUCCUUUGCAGCAGCGAGCAUGUGGCCCUCCAUUCCACUCGUGGUUCCCCAGCCGACCUUGGGAACAGCCAUGGGGCUCGCAACAUCUGUACAGAUGAUUGGCAUCGGCCUCUCCAACGUGAUUGUGGGACGGAUUCUGGGAACAAAGUCCAGUGAAUUAAAGAUCCCGCUGUGGCGCUGGCAACAGAUGAUGGUCUUCAUGCUAGCGAACACCAUUGCUUGUAUCGUCGCUUCCGUCAGCCUCAACAUAGUGGACAAGAAGCAGGGAGGAACAUUGAACCGGAUGACAAAACGCUCCUUGCCAGAACCGCCGGCCAGGCAGCCUGGGGACACAGCCCCGCUUCUCAAUGAGGGAGAAGAGGAAGGAACCAUCAACUAGGAGCAUAGACUGCAGAAGCACCAGCAGACCACCAUCUUUUAAGCCAAGACCUCUGGAUUUCUCCCCCACCCCUUCGCUU